AUAGCGGGAGACAUUUGCCGCAGAAAGUUUUCUGUACACGGACAGCAGCAAGAGCAAGUGAGAAGAAAUCAUGUCGAAAUCAACCCGACACAGAAGAAUGGAUGCUGCAAGCCUGAAGGGAACUCCAUCAACAUGUGAGGAAAACUUCCCAAAUGUUCUGCCUGUGCAGCUCGAUGUGGUCAUGGGUCCUGAGCGUCGUCCUGCAAAUGAAAAGUUUAAAGAAAUGUUGCAAGGGAAACUGCGCAUUCUGCAGGUUGACAGCACCGAGGUCAACGCUCUAUUCAUGGAGUUGUCUGCUCAUGUCAUCUCCAUCAAUAGUGAGGAAAAUGUUAUAUUUGUAAGAUUCCAAACAUUUGAAGAGAUAUGGAAGUUCACCACAUAUUAUACAACAGGUUUCCUCGGUCAGUGUAUGGAGAAUUUGUUGUUAGAUGAGGAGUUCUGGCUAAGGUCUUUGGAGGAGGACGUUACUAUUGCCGUUUCCAUUCAGGAGGAAACACUGAAUCUUAUCUACAAAGGCAUCCUCAUGCAAGAUGGUUCUUUGUUCGCUAUUUGUUGUGCCAACCAAAUGUUUGAUAGCUCUACAUCUGGAAGAGACCUGCACUUGGAGCGGGGUGACAUAGCUCACUUUGAGCCUCCCUUCUUGGGCUCAGGCUGGACCGUUCUAUGCCUAUCUGAUGGAGCCCGGGGAACUGCACCCAGACCCAAUCUGGAGCCAGUUAUUCCUUUUCACCAAUGGUUUCUCAAAUCUUGUGCUGAGAGCAUUUUAGUUGGAGAUGGGAAACCUGCCUGUGACUUCCCUCUGCAGUUUGCCAGAGGAACGUGUCUGGCCACAGUGGAGUAUCAUGCUGAAGGCCCCUAUGAGCUGAGCAUGGCACCAGGUGAUCACAUCGUCAUUGUGGGACUCCUGGUGUCUUGUUUUGACUGGUUCACAGGAAGGAAGGAGGCGACAGGGGAAGUGGGUCUGGUCAAGACAAGCCUAGUAAAACCAUUAACUGACAUUUAUGGCUCAGCAAAUGUAGUUUUGGAGGAAGCGGAAGAGGAAGGGAUGUUCUACAGUCUGCAAGAGGAGAAAGUCAUAGAGGACGCAAUUGCCUUAUUGAAGAAGAAAACUCAAAAUGACACUGGUCAUAACUAUAAACUGGAUAUUGUCCGUGGCCAAGACUCUGAAAAUAUGCCAUCAUUGAACUCUUCAUGUCAAGUUGAUCCUCAGCAGACUGAUCUGAAGAGAAAUAUGCAGAGGAUUCUGGAUCAAGGAAAAGACUCAUCAGAUUUCAUUGUGACCAUGAACAGGACCUUAGAGGAUUCAGUCGCACCUACAGAGGCAAAAGACCCAACCCCUCCCUGUUUCACUGUUUACCCAACUGUGGAGGGAAACAACACUGAGAUCUUCAUCCCGCUCUUCUCUUUUUUGGAGGGACAAGAAUGCAAAGUAGAGUUUAGUGUCCUUUACGGACUGAGUUCAGAGCUCCUCGCUUCCACUGCCUUCUCCGGUCACUCUGACGAGGAAGAUCUGAUUUCCUUUCUGGCUGUUGCCAGGGAAGCAGCCAGGAGAAAGCGACUCUUUUGGUCACAGACUCGUUUGUGCUUCCUGUUAGGUAAGCUCUGUGCUGGGAGGUCAAAGUUCAGCCAGGCUCGGGUUUACUUUGAGGAGGCCCUCAGUGUUCCACAAGAAGGCUUCAGGGACCUUAAACUGUUGGGAAGCAUUUACUCUAACCUGGCUACCAUAUACCAUUUGCAGAAAAAUAAUGAAAGUUUCUUUUCUAUGAUGGAGCGACUUGCUGCCUUACAAUUAGGAAUCCCUGGCUGCCUGGACAGCUUAGAGGACAACGCUGUACUUAAAUACAUCCUCAAGAAAGCUGUUGUCUCUCACAACAAAAUGGCGGAGGCCUGGGCUUGUUAUCUUAUGGCAAAGUACCACUGGGCUGAGAGCUCUGGAAGGGCUCAAGUUGUCCCAUAUCUUGAGAGACUUCUCGUUCUCUCUACUGAAGCUCAAAGACCUAAGACAUUUUCAGUCAGUAAUGGAUACUUGACCUUGGCAAGGUUGUACAGUGAACUCUGCCUUCUCCACCUCAGUGUCAGUUCAGCCAGGAGAGCUUCUCUUGAGCCAUCUGCCAAACUGAGUGACUGUCUUAACAGCAUGGUCCUGGUCCUGGAUAAUUACAACAAACUGUACGGGAUCACAGAACAGGAAGCCUCCAUCCCACCUGAAGUGGCUCCAUUUUUACACCAAGCCCUCUCUUUAAUCAAAGCCCAAGGAGGAGGCAGGAACCAAUACCACGUUUUGAGCCACCAACUUACUGUUUGUCUCUGCCAACUUUUUUACAAACACAAAAUGGUUGAGUGCGCAAUCCAACAAAUGCACAUUCUUAUAAACAACACUCCGCCUUUACAUAUUGUUCCCAUCUCUGUGUCGGAGAGAAGCAAAGCCCUUAUCUGGCUGGCAUGGCUUCACAUUGACAACAGCCAGCCCAAUUUUGCAUUGGAUAUACUAGACUCCGUCCUCUCUUCCACACCAGAACACUGCACAACCCCUCUGGAAGGUGUACUCCAUAACAUGCGUGGUGUGGCGCUUCGAUGUACGGGUGACCUCCAGAGGGCAGCAGAGAGCUACCAGGCUGCAGCUGACAUCUGCCAAGAGUAUGAGGACCUUUCAAACUGGGCCGUCACUCAGGCCAACCUCGGGCUGUUGUGUCUGAAGGCUGGAGCUAAAAGACUUGCACAGGGGCACUUGAUUGAGGCUGUGCAGCUCUUCUCAGGGCUGGAUGAAGAAGGGCAUGAGGCGAACUUCAUCACAGUGCUGCUUGAGCUGGGGGAUCUCUAUUUGAAGCAGCAGCAGAUACACUAUGGGAAAGGAUGCUUUGAGUGGGCUCUGUUGGUGGCUAUCAAUGCUAACCUGUUAGAUUAUCAACUCACUGCAACCCGAAAAUUGUGUCAUCUUUAUGGGUGUGAGAGUCCAGACCAGGCACAGUUUAUCAUCUACAGUGAGCACCAGGUCCAGCUGCUGAGACACACAGGAGACAGACAGCAGGAGGGAGAGGCACUGGAGGCCAUCAGCCAGCUCUUCCUCUCUCUGGGCACAGAAAGCGAUGUUUUCAGGGCGUACCAGUCAGCUCUUGACUAUACCAAGAUCAGUCUGGGAAUUUUCAUCGACCUGGGCUGCAGGGAGAAAGAGGCACAUGGCUGGUUGCAGGCCGGGAAGAUAUACCACCUGCUGGGACAGACUGAACUGGUGGACCUUUAUGUUCAGGUAGCUCAGGAUGUCGCCCUAAGAACAGGAGACACCACUUUCAUCCUCCAGCUUCUGGAAGCUGCAGGAGACAUUUUCUUCAACAGCUGCCACAGCAAGAAUAAGGCUACGAUCUUCUACAGGGACCAUGCUAUGCCCAUCGCAGUGAAGAGCAGCAGUGUUCGUACCAGGCUGAGAUUGUGUAAUAAACUGACUGAAGUGAUGCUCAGUCUAAAGCUGUAUGGGGAAGCUGUUGAAUUUGCUCAGACUGCACUGGACAUCAGUAUCACUCUGGGUGAGCGUCUGAAUGAGCGCGUGGCCUACCACCGCCUGGCCUCUCUGUACCACUGUCUGGAGCAGUAUGAACUGGCUGAACACUAUUACCUGAAGACUCUGACCCAUUGUCCGACACCUUUGCAGUUUGAUGAGGAAACACUGUACUAUGUCAGGGUCUACCAGACACUAGGGGACAUCAUGUUCUAUGACCUUAAGGAGAUGGGGUCAGGGCACGAACAGCUGUUGCUGCACACGGAAGUUCGCUGGCUUUCCAGGGGGCGGGUGUUACAACGGCUAUAUGAGCUGCGAGAGGAGGACCCAUUUGAUGCUGCAGGCUACUACCACUUGGCUCUGGCUGCAGCCAUGGACCUGGGCAACAAGCGGGCUCAGCUGAAGCUCUGCACACACCUCGCCACCAUCUACCACAAUUUCCUUAUAGACCGGGAGCUGUCUCUAUUCUUUUACCAGAGGGCAAGAGGAUUCGCUGCAGAGCUGAAUGUGAGAAGGAUUGACAUUUCAUCAGAUAAGCAUUUUAGCAGUAUCUCACAGUAAAAGACCACUUGUGAUGAUCAGAAGAAAAACUAACAUUUUGCCAGAUGUCACACAAGAAGUUGAAGCUCAGGUGAUUUUCUUUCUGAAAAUCUUAUUCAGUGUAAAUUUUUAAGAGCCUCCAUGGAGAUGAUGAAUAUGAUGAUCGCUUAGUUAUCCAUUUUAAUUGCUAACUGCAUUGUACUGUUUGCAAAUACGAUUCAGACAACGGGUUUGGAAAAUUGUGUCUGCAUUUAUUAAAUUGUCUAAGAUCAUAGUAGAUGUUUUCAUAGUGCUAAAGAGAAUAGCAUUUUGUUUUGUUCCAAUUGUCAGAGGUUUCAUUUUGAGCACAAUUUAAAAAAUCUGAGACUACUACUGUAUGUUGUUUGGUAACUGUCUUAAAACCACAUCAUCUUCCCUGAUUCCUUACACAAAUUUACCCUCAUGUUAUUUUGAUUUAGCUUUGCAAACAACUGUGAGCUCUUGCAAUUUUCUCUCACCAUAGAUCUUUGCAUCAUGCAAACUGGUUCUAUACAACUUGACUAGAUGAGCUAUUUUGUUUGAUAAUAGCGAUGCCUAAAUCAGUAUGUCUAAAUGCACUGAAGGAUGUUCAUGAAUUUUAACAUUGUGAUGUAAAGCCUUGAUUUAAAAUGCUCUUAGACUUAAAGUUGAUCAAAAGGAGGAUAAAGACUUGGACAUUU